AUGAGUUCGGAUGCGGAGAUGGCCGUGUUCGGCCCGGCUGCCAUCUACCUCCGCAAGCCUGAGAAGGAGCGCAUCGAGGCCCAGAACCGUCCGUUUGACGCCAAGUCAGCCUGCUUCGUCCCAGACACCAAGGAGCUAUACAUCAAGAGUGUCGUCCAGAGCAGGGAGGAUGGUAAAGUGACUGUGCAGACAGAGGCAGGGGAGACAGUGACCGUUAAAGACGCUGACUGCCACCCCAUGAACCCACCCAAGUAUGACAAGAUUGAGGACAUGGUCAUGAUGACUCACCUCAAUGAGCCAUCUGUGCUGUUUAACCUCAAAGAGCGUUACGCAGCCUGGAUGAUCUAUACCUACUCUGGGCUGUUCUGUGUAACAGUGAACCCCUACAAGUGGCUGCCUGUGUACAAUGCAGAGGUGGUGUCCGCCUACAGGGGGAAGAAGCGCAUGGAGGCUCCACCCCACAUCUUCUCUGUGUCUGAUAACGCCUACCAGAAUAUGCUGACAGACCGUGAGAAUCAGUCUGUUCUGAUCACUGGAGAAUCUGGUGCAGGGAAGACUGUGAACACCAAGCGUGUCAUACAGUACUUUGCAACAAUUGCAGUGUCUGGUGGAGACAGCAAGAAGAAAGAGGCUGCCCCUGGCAAAAUUCAGGGCACGCUGGAAGAUCAAAUCAUCUCAGCCAACCCUCUGCUUGAAGCAUUUGGGAAUGCUAAGACUGUGAGGAAUGAUAACUCAUCACGUUUUGGUAAAUUCAUUAGAAUUCACUUCGGGACAACGGGGAAACUGUCAUCUGCAGAUAUCGAAACUUACUUAUUGGAAAAAUCCAGAGUGACGUUUCAGCUCUCAGAUGAAAGAAGCUAUCACAUCUUCUAUCAAAUCAUGACAAACCACAAACCAGAGCUCAUUGAAACACUGCUGAUCACUACCAACCCCUAUGAUUUCCCAAUGAUCAGCCAGGGACAGAUCACAGUGGCCAGCAUUGAUGACAAGGAGGAGCUGGUUGCUACAGAUACUGCUAUAGACAUACUGGGCUUCACCCCUGAUGAGAAAGUGAGCAUCUACAAGCUGACGGGAGCUGUAAUGCAUUAUGGGAACAUGAAGUUCAAGCAAAAACAGCGAGAGGAGCAGGCUGAGCCAGACGGCACUGAGGUGGCUGACAAAGUGGCCUACCUCAUGGGCCUGAACUCUGCGGAUCUCCUCAAGGCUCUGUGUUACCCCAGAGUCAAGGUUGGAAAUGAGUUUGUUACCAAGGGGCAAAAUGUCCAGCAGGUGGUCAACUCAGUUGGAGCUUUGGCAAAAUCUGUGUAUGAGAAGAUGUUUCUGUGGAUGGUAAUAAGGAUAAAUCAGAUGUUGGACACCAAGCAACCCAGACAGUUCUACAUUGGAGUCCUUGACAUCGCUGGGUUUGAAAUUUUUGAUUACAACAGCUUGGAACAGCUGUGUAUCAACUUCACAAAUGAGAAGCUGCAACAGUUUUUCAAUCACCACAUGUUUGUGCUGGAGCAAGAUGAAUAUAAAAAGGAAGGAAUUGACUGGGAAUUUAUUGACUUUGGAAUGGACUUGGCUGCCUGCAUUGAGCUCAUUGAGAAGCCAAUGGGGAUCUUCUCCAUCCUUGAGGAAGAGUGUAUGUUUCCAAAGGCAACUGACACCUCUUUCAAGAAUAAGCUGUAUGACCAACACCUGGGCAAGAACAAUGCCUUCCAGAAGCCCAAGCCUGUCAAGGGCAAGCCUGAGGCCCACUUCACCCUGGUGCACUAUGCCGGCACGGUGGACUACAACCUCACCGGCUGGCUGGAUAAGAACAAGGACCCGCUAAAUGAGUCUGUGGUGCAGCUCUACCAGAAAUCCUCCAUCAAGCUGCUGUCUAUGCUCUAUGCAUCCUUCUCAUCUUCUGAGUCAGAGGGUGGUGGUGGCAGUGGUGGGGGUGCUGCUGGUGGUGGUGGAAGUAAGAAGGCUGCCAAGAAGAAGGGAGGCUCCUUCCAGACAGUCUCAGCCGUCUUCCGGGAAAAUCUUGGCAAACUGAUGACCAACUUGAGAAGCACACACCCUCACUUUGUGCGAUGUCUGAUUCCCAAUGAAGUAAAAACUCCAGGGAUUAUGGACAAUCACCUUGUCAUUCACCAGCUGCGCUGUAACGGUGUGCUGGAGGGCAUCAGAAUUUGCCGGAAGGGCUUCCCCAGUAGAAUCCUGUACGCUGACUUUAAGCAGAGGUACAGAAUACUGAAUGCCAGUGCAAUCCCAGAGGGCCAAUUCAUUGAUGGCAAGAAGGCUUCCGAGAAGCUUUUGGGUUCCAUCGAUGUCGACCACACCGAAUAUCGCUUUGGGCACACAAAGGUGUUUUUCAAAGCAGGACUGCUGGGUACACUGGAGGAGAUGCGAGACGAGAAGCUGGCUUCCCUGGUGACCUCCACACAGGCCCUGUGCCGAGGAUACCUCAUGAGGGCAGAAUUUGACAAGAUGAACUCCAGAAAGUAUGCCGUGUACACCUUACAAUACAACCUUCGCUCAUUCAUGAAUGUGAAACACUGGCCAUGGAUGCGGCUCUACUUCAAGAUCAAACCUCUGUUGAAGAGUGCCGAGACAGAGAAGGAGAUGGCGACCAUGAAAGAGGACUUUGUGAAGUGCAAGGACGACCUGGUGAAGCAGGAGACCAAGCGUAAGGAACUGGAGGAGAAGAUGGUCUCCCUGCUGCAGGAGAAGAAUGACCUGCUCUUACAGAUCCAGGCGGAAGCGGAACAUCUAUCAGAUGCUGAGGAGAGAUGUGACGGUCUAAUUAAAAGCAAGAUCCAGCUGGAGGCCAAACUCAAAGAGGUGACCGAGAGGCUGGAGGAUGAGGAGGAGAUCAAUGCAGAGCUGACAGCCAAAAAGAGGAAAUUGGAGGACGAGUGUUCUGAGCUGAAAAAGGACAUUGAUGACCUUGAGCUCACCUUGGCCAAAGUGGAAAAGGAAAAACAUGCCACUGAAAAUAAGGUGAAAAAUCUCAUAGAGGAGAUUUCAGUUCAAGAAGAGAGUACUGCAAAGCUAACUAAGGAGAAGAAAGCCCUCCAAGAGGCACAUCAGCAGACUCUGGAUGACCUUCAAGUUGAAGAGGACAAAGUCAACAGCUUGACCAAGGCCAAAGCAAAACUUGAACAGCAAGUAGAUGAUCUUGAGGGAUCCCUGGAGCAAGAGAAGAAGCUCCGCAUGGAUCUAGAAAGAGGAAAGAGGAAGCUGGAAGGAGACCUGAAACUCACUCAAGAGUCCAUAAUGGACUUGGAGAAUGACAAACUACAGUUAGAGGAGAAGCUCAAGAAGAAAGAUUUUGAAACAAGUCAGUUGCUCAGCAAAAUUGAGGAUGAACAAGUGAUGUCAUCACAACUUCAAAAGAAGCUGAAGGAACUUCAGGCCCGUGCUGAAGAACUGGAGGAGGAGAUUGAGGCUGAGCGUGCCGCCCGAGCCAAAGUGGAGAAGCAGCGGUCCGACCUGUCCAGGGAGCUGGAGGAGAUCAGCGAGAGGCUGGAGGAGGCCGGCGGUGCCACUGCGGCCCAGAUUGAGAUGAACAAGAAGCGGGAGGCCGAGAAUCAGAAACUCCGGCGGGACCUGGAGGAAUCCACCCUGCACCAUGAGGCCACCACCGCAGCGCUGCGCAAGAAGCAGGCUGACAGCAUUGCUGAGCUGGGCGAGCAGCUCGACAACCUCCAGAGGAUCAAACAGAAACUGGAGAAGGAGAAGAGCGAGUGCAAGAUGGAGAUUGAUGACCUGACUGGCAAUAUGGAGGCUGUGGCAAAGGCCAAGGUCCACCUGGAGAAAAUGUGUCGCACAUUAGAGGACCAGCUGAUUGAAAUCAAGACUAAAAACGAAGAGGGCUUGAGACACCUCAAUGACUUAAGUGGUCAGAAAGCUCGUCUUCAGACAGAAAAUGGGGAAUACUCACGCCAACUCGAGGAAAAAGAAAGUCUCAUUUCACAGUUAACCAGAGGCAAAAUGGGCUACACACAGCAGUUAGAUGAGCUGAAAAGACAGUUUGAAGAGGAAGCAAAGGCCAAGAAUGCCCUGGCCCAUGCUCUGCAGUCGUCCCGUCAUGACUGUGACCUCCUGCGGGAGCAGUUUGAGGAGGAGCAGGAGGCCAAGGCUGAGUUGCAACGCUCCAUGUCCAAGGCCAACAGCGAGGUGGCGCAGUGGAGAACCAAAUACGAGACUGACGCAAUCCAACGCACAGAGGAGCUGGAGGAGACCAAGAAAAAGCUGGCUCAACGUCUCCAAGAGGCCGAGGAACAAAUUGAAGCGUCUAACGCAAAAUGCGCUUCUCUGGAGAAGACCAAACAGAGGUUGCAAAGUGAGAUAGAGGACCUCAUGACUGAUGUGGAGAAGGCCAACAGUAUGGCAGCCAACUUGGACAAAAAGCAAAGGAACUUUGAUAAGGUCCUUGCUGAGUGGAAGCAGAAGUAUGAGGAAUGCCAGGCAGAGCUGGAAGGAUCCCAGAAAGAGGCCAGAACACUCAGCACGGAGCUUUUCAAAAUGAAGAACUCCUAUGAGGAGGCACUGGACCAUCUUGAGACCUUCAAACGUGAAAAUAAAAACCUGCAACAGGAGAUAUCCGACUUGACAGAGCAGAUAGGUGAGACUGGGAAGAGCGUCCAUGAGCUUGAGAAGGCCAGGAAACAGAUGGAGACAGAGAAAUCCGACAUCCAAGGAGCACUGGAGGAAGCUGAGGCAUCUCUGGAACACGAAGAGUCUAAGAUUCUUCGAGUGCAGCUGGAGCUCAACCAGGUGAAGUCUGAGGUGGAGCGAAAGAUCGCUGAGAAGGACGAGGAGAUGGAGCAACUGAAGAGGAGCAGUCAGAGGACCAUUGACACCUUGCAGAGUACCCUGGAUUCAGAGGUCAGGAGCAGGAACGAUGCCCUGAGAGUCAAAAAGAAGAUGGAGGCCGAUCUGAACGAGAUGGAGGUUCAGCUGAGCCAUGCUAAUCGGCAGGCAAUUGAAGCACAGAAGCAACUGAGACAUGUUCAGGGACAGCUUAAGGAUAUCCAAAUUCAUCUGGAUGAUGCCGUGAGGGGAGAGGAGGACAUGAAGGAGCAGGUUGCCAUGACUGAGCGGAGGGCCAACCUCAUGCAGUCUGAAAUCGAGGAGCUCCGCAACGCCCUGGAGCAGACGGAGCGAGGUCGCAAGGUGGCCGAGCAGGAGCUGCUUGAUGCCAGCGAACGUGUGGCUCUUCUACACUCUCAGAAUACAAGUCUUCUGAACACGAAGAAGAAGCUUGAGGCGGAUGUGGUGCAGCUUCAAAGUGAAAUGGAGGACUCUGCUCAAGAAGCCAGGAAUGCUGAGGAGAAGGCCAAGAAAGCCAUCACAGAUGCUGCUAUGAUGGCAGAGGAGCUGAAGAAAGAGCAGGACACCAGUGCUCACCUGGAAAGGAUGAAGAAGAACCUGGAGGUCACAGUCAAGGACCUGCAGCACCGUCUGGAUGAGGCCGAGAACCUGGCCAUGAAGGGUGGCAAAAAGCAACUCCAGAAACUGGAAUCACGGGUUCAGGAGAUGGAGGGCGAGCUGGAUGCUGAGCAGAAGCGAGGGGCUGAAGCCAUCAAGGGCGUCCGCAAGUACGAGAGGAGAGUGAAGGAGCUCAGCUACCAGUCUGAAGAAGAUAAGAAGAAUGUGAACAGACUGCAAAAUCUGGUGGACAAACUCCAGAAUAAAGUGAAGGCCUACAAGAGACAAGCUGAAGAGGCGGAGGAGCAGGCCAACACUCACCUGACUCGCUUCAGGAAGGUGCAGCACGAGCUGGAGGAGGCUCAGGAGAGGGCCGACAUCGCCGAGUCUCAGGUCAACAAGAUGAGAGCCAAAACCAGAGACAUGGGACCUAAGACUCCAGAGGGAUCAGCACAGUAGCAGAGACAGAGAUUAUAUCUGCGCCUCUCAGAAACAUAGAGAGCGAAAUAGAGCAGCUGCACGUGUAUUGCAUGCAUUAGCUGAUGCUCAGCCAUUAUGCUGAAAAUGUCAAUAUAAUAUCCACUAAAUACACUAUGCUGGGACCUUGGUCCAGACAUACAGCCCUUGCUUAUGUUUGUGGGCUUAGUAUCCAAAUAAAACAAACCCUUAUGGAAAUGACUGCAGUGUAUAAUGGGGAAAACACGUUAUAUUAUUUGUACCUAAAACCAUUUGGGUUUACAACAGAUGCUGAAAUG